UUUCCAGUUUGUGCUUGUAUGUGAAUAUUCUGGUAAAUUCUCUGCCUAGUCUCUCUGUAUGAGGUUUUUCGAAAUAGCGCUGCCUUUUUGGGUUGCUGCUAGCUAUAGCUUCGGUGAAUUGUUUCCCCCCCUCUGUUUUUGAGUUUUCGAUACUCGAGGUUACCGAAAUUCGAUACUUUUUAUGAAAGUUGAGGCCGUUUUAUUUCGCAGAGGAUUUUGGUUUCUUGUCGAUUUAAAUUUGAUUUUGAUUCUCUCAUGGUGUGUUUUCACUUUUACUGUUAAUUGGGAAUCGUGGCCUAGCCUCGUAGGGUGAAUAGAGCUGACACGGAGUUUGUCGUUUUUUGUUUUUGCUGGUCCAUUUUUUUUCCUUUUUGGUCUGAGCGGGUUAAGUUGAAUCGCCUCUUUGAUCUUUAUGAUUUAGAGAGUUUCGUGACUUGUCUGCAUCUUGGGCUUAUGGCAAAGAAACAGAAAAUCCUCAAACAAGGGGCUGGAUGAAUGAAAUACGAAAAAGGAAUUGCAUUCAAUCAUUAAAAUAUAUACUUUUCUCCCCCAUUUUUUAAUCUUUAUGCAAUCAUUUUCUUCAAGAUUGGUAUACAGCGUCAUGCUUUAAAUUUGUUCUUGAUAUGUUUUGCAAUCGAGUUUGGUGUAUGCGUGAUAUGCCUAGAAAUAACUUAACACGGGAUUUCAAAUACUUUUGUGUCGGAAUGCUGAGUUCUGGUAAGUGGUGAACUUGAAUGAGCGCUCUUCAGUGUCCAUGAAUUGGGAGUACUCACUAGCCUGGAUGACAUUCACUGAACUGGCAAAUUAACGAUAUUCAGACGUAACUUUGGCACAGAUCUGUCUGUCAUCUGAUGGAGAUUUGGGUUCAAUAGGAGAACUGGAUUCCUUCCCAUCAUACUGCCAGCUUGGGAACGAUGUCUUCUCCUUCAACUGGAUCCACUGACGUCCACUGCAACCCAUUUGAUGCAGUAGUUAGAGAGCAAACCAUUGUGGCGCCUCUAGCAGAUGACAAUAGCUCCUUUGAUUGCCAAACACCUGGGGUCUUAGAUGCCUUAGACCCCUAUAUAAAUGAUCUGUGUUUCAGUGAAAUUCCUACUGACAGGAUAGGUUUAUUUGGCAAUAACGUUAAUUACAAUAUCUUUUCUGAUCAUGAAUUUUCUGGGACAAAUUUGAUAUAUGACGCCACAGACGGAUUUAUGCUUUUUCCCUCCCUUGAGAAAACAAUGGAGGCAACAGAUUCCCAUUAUGGGGCUUCUUGUGAAGAGACUCAGCAGAUGUCUGAUAAUACAUGGUUUCACUACAUGUGCCAUCAGACUAAAUCCAAUGAAGAAUUUGAAGCCAGCCGCUGUCAGAUUGAUUCCAAUGAAGUCGAUUAUUCUGAUCCAGAGUCCUUUAUUAAAAGUUUUUUUGACCUGUCAGAUGAAUCUUAUUCAUUGCCUGCACUGGUAAGCAAGGAAACAAGCAAAAAGAAGCAUACCCUUGUUCUUGAUUUGGAUGAAACACUAGUCCAUUCUACAUGGGAGCCAUGUUAUGGCGUUGACUUCACAAUCCAGUUCAAUGAUAAUGAUAACAAGGACCAAACUAUAUAUGUACGGAAAAGGCCCUUCCUUGAGGUAUUUUUGGAAAGAGUGUCAGAGAUUUUUGAAGUCAUCAUUUUUACGGCUAGUCAAAGGUGUUAUGCAGAAAAGCUUCUGGAUGUUCUCGAUCCAGAUAGAAAAUUUUUCUCUGAUAGAAGAUACCGGGAUUCAUGCAUCUUAUUAGAUGAGGUGUACACUAAAGAUUUGACAGUUCUCGGCAUUGACCUGGCAAAAGUAUUUAUAGUCGACAAUUCUCCUCAGGUAUUCAGGUUGCAGCCUGAUAAUGGAGUUCCAAUUGAAAGUUGGUUUGACGACUCUUCUGAUUCUUGUCUGAUGUCCUUGCUUCCAUUUCUCGAGACGCUCGUCGAUGUGGACGAUGUUCGACCUGUCAUUGCAAAGAAGUUCAGGGCUUGGAGGUUUUAGUGGUUUCAACUUAGUUUCUCCUCUAUUGGAUUGGUGGAUCUCUUCGUCUUCUCUGUGAAGGAGAGUAGCUACAAUCAUAGUCCUAGGAUUACAUGUCCAAUUGUCCAUAUUCAGUGAGUUCAGAUGACCCCACUCAAGUAUAUAUAUGUGUGUGUCUCUUCGGUGUGUUUAGGAGAUACUUUUGUCUCUACCAAAACCCCUAAGAAAAACACAGAAUAGUUUUGCCUAGAAAUAGUUUUUUUUUUUUUCUCCUCUUAAUAAUUUAGCUACGCUUCUUGGGUUGGGUUUUUAGUUGUUUUCUAUAUAGGGAGUCUUUUCAUAAGCGGCUUGGUGCCCAAAUUGCCAGAUUUGUAAGUAAAAUUUUGCUUAUAAUGCAAUGAUUUGGUUUGAAGUA